CACAACAAACCGGAGCAGGUGCGGAGAGCAGAGCCCGAGGAGAACCGCAGGCAGGGAACAGAACCGUCCCGCCGGUUCCUGAUGGACCUGAACACGGGCCUGCUGAAGAACUACGUCGGGGAGAUGAACAGGAGACCAGCAGGCUUCUACGUGCCGCCCGUCAGCGAUGGCUUCAGGCAGGGCACUGAGAACUCCCAUGCCAACCUGGUGGACCUCAGGACAGGUCUGCUGCUGCAGCACUCCUCAGAGAUGCAGAGGGGACUCAUUGCAGUAGAGAGCAGGCUUGGCAGAUCAGAUGAGUACCGUCAUGGCAUUGAGAACUCUCACCCUCAGACCAGUUCAGAUGAGUACCAACAUGGCAUCGAAUACGCCCGGUCCCAGAUCAGUUUGGAUGAGUACCAGCAUGGCAUCGAAUACGCCCGGUCCCAGAUCAGUUUGGAUGAGUACCAACAUGGCAUCGAAUACGCCCGGUCCCAGAUCAGUUUGGAUGAGUACCAGCAUGGCAUCGAAUACGCCCGGUCCCAGAUCAGUUUGGAUGAGUAUAAGCAUGGCAUCGAGUACUCCUGGUUCAAGAAUCGGGAUGCACAGCGCAAAGACACUGUGAAAGAUGUGGAUGUGGUUGCUGUUCCUCUGGCAGAGGGUGGAUGGGUGAGGGGAGCUCUCGGUCUGGACCACCCGGAGCAGGUGCGGAGAGCAGAGCCCGAGGAGAACCGCAGGCAGGGAACAGAACCGUCCCGCCGGUUCCUGGUGGACCUGAACACGGGCCUGCUGAAGAACUACGUUGGAGAGAUGAACAGGAGACCAGCAGGCUUCUACGUGCCGCCCGUCAGCGAUGGCUUCAGGCAGGGCACUGAGAACUCCCAUGCCAACCUGGUGGACCUCAGGACAGGUCUGCUGCUGCAGCACUCCUCAGAGAUGCAGAGGGGACUCAUUGCAGUUGAGAGUGUGAGAAGUGAGAGGAGACAGAAGGCAGAAGGUGUCCGCACCGUGGAGCCCGAGGAGAACCGCAGACAGGGAACAGAACCGUCCCGCCGGUUCCUGAUGGACCUGAACACGGGCCUGCUGAAGAACUACGUCGGAGAGAUGAACAGGAGACCAGCAGGCUUCUACGUGCCGCCCGUCAGCGAUGGCUUCAGGCAGGGCACUGAGAACUCCCAUGCCAACCUGGUGGACCUCAGGACAGGUCUGCUGCUGCAGCACUCCUCAGAGAUGCAGAGGGGACUCAUUGCAGUUGAGAGUGUGAGAAGUGAGAAGAGGCAGAGCGCAGAAGGUGUCCGCACCGUGGAGCCCGAGGAGAACCGCAGGCAGGGAACAGAACCGUCCCGCCGGUUCCUGAUGGACCUGAACACGGGCCUGCUGAAGAACUACGUUGGAGAGAUGAACAGGAGACCAUCAGGCUUCUACGUGCCGCCCGUCAGCGAUGGCUUCAGGCAGGGCACUGAGAACUCCCAUGCCAACCUGGUGGACCUCAGGACAGGUCUGCUGCUGCAGCACUCCUCAGAGAUGCAGAGGGGACUCAUUGCAGAACUUACGCGUCCUGCCUUGGAUGAAUUCAAGCACGGCAUUGAAUAUUCCCACUUUCAAAUGAGAGACCACAGGCAGAACGAAAUCAUGGAGGUGGUUGACAAGACUGGAGAUGAGUUCAGCCACGGUAUUGAAUACUCACAUUCCAAUGUGGUGAAUGAUAUUGUAAAACCAGCUGAGAAGACUGAGGGAGAUGAGUUCAGCAAUGGCAUUGAGUACUCCCAUUUCAAUCUGGGGAAUGACAUCAUGGAACCAGCUGAAAAGACAGAGAAUUCUGUGUGGUUGAGGGAGACUCUACCGGUGGCUGUGACGUGCUCUGGUGAGAUCAUCAAUGGAAUGUGCUAUCAAUUCAACCCUACCCCAAUGACCUUCAGUCAAGCAGAGUCUUCUUGCCAGGACCUCCACUCUGAGGCCCACAUUGCCUCUGUGACCAGUGCAGGCCUACACACACGCCUCGUCUCCAUGGUGACCGUGGCCAAUAACAGCCCUGCACUCACCUGGGUGGGAGGAGUCAAAAAGGGUCAGCAGUACGAGUGGCUGGAUGGCUCUGUCUGGGCCUAUAGUGACUGGAUGCCCGGUCACCCCAACCUGCAGAGAGGAAAGGUCAUGUGUGUGGAGAUGUUCAGAGCAGAGGCGAGCUGGUGGACAUCUGUAGACUGCAACUUGAAGAGAGCAUCCAUCUGCUCUUUCCCCAUGGCAGCAUAAGAGGGGCCGUCCAGCAUCCCAAUGCAUUCAUUACAUUACAUUUUAUUACAUUACAUUACAUUGCAUUUGGCAGACGCUUUAUAACCAAAGCGACUUUCAAACGAGGACAUAAUCAUAGCCAACAUCACUAGCAGAUACAAAGUGCACAGGAAAUAUACAGAACAACAAGUGCAGAAGCAAAUAUUCAAACCACUGAGAUUAUAAUUUGGCAUUGAAUGUGUAAAGAAAUAAACAAUACGCUUUGUACAAUUAGCUAUGCAAAAGCAUCCAAUAAACUAUUCUGGGUACUUACUGGCAAAGUAAGACAAAACAUGAUGGAGAACAGCCUACAGAAUAACUGUGAUGUGAAAUGGUGAAGAUAACAAUACAAAGAAAAGGUGAAAAGUGCAUUACUAUGAUAAAACCCUGAUAUGCAGUGUGCCUUUCUGAUUGCAAUUAUUUUGAUGGAAGAUGUUGGUAUGUAAAAUGGAAGAUCAUUUUUGAAGUAUUAACAGCAUGCGCCGAAGCAGUUUCUCAGUGUAAUAAAAGAUGCUUGAUAAGAUUGAUGUACAAUGUUGAUUAUCAUUGACAGACAACAAAACGACAAACGACAUGAAACAUUUUGUGGCACAA